AAUGUCCGUUUGUUUUCAAAAACGAACCGACGGUUACGACCAACGUCAGCUAACGGUAGUAACGUUAAUUAAGCUGCGCAGUUUAAUUAAUCAAGAAAUCAACUUACGCGGUGGAUAUCUUUGUAAAUUAAAGCCUUUUAACUGGAGCCGUGCGUCGUCACAGGUGAGCUGAAGCGAGCAGGAGCGCGGAGUAAAGACGAUGGGUAAUCUGUACGCAAAACAGAAGAAAAACGAGGACACAGAAAAUGGGGCCGCAAAAGAAGCAGCAGCUAAUGAGGCGACUGACUUUAACCAUGGCACAGCAAACGAUUUAUCUGGAAAUCUCAAAAACACCAGUCAAGGACCAGGCCCUACUCAAGGUAUUAGUCAUCAAAUAGAACCUAACAAUGACAAUGAAGCAGUGCUCACAAGCAUGCUCCAAGUUCCCACCGGUGACGCCCAAAACAGAGAACAAAGCCUCAACAAGGCUGUAAACAAAUCUCAGGAUGUGGACCCAGUGAAAAUUGACCCGUAUAUUUUUACAGCUGAACGACACGCAUCCUCUGCAAAUACGCCAGGUCGUGAUAUGAAAAUACAGACAGGAGGGAAUGAUGAUCUGUCAGUAUUCUUCAAGCACAAACCUCCAGCACCAGUGAAACAAAAGACCAAACCAGUGCAGCACCAGAAGAGAACUACAGCACCAGGGCAAGAACAGUCCAAACCAGUGCAACAACACACCAAACCAGUGCAGCAACAGCAGAACACUACAGCAGCAGUGCAGCAACAGACCAAACCAGUGCAGCAACAGACCAAACCAGUGCAACAACAGACCAAACCUGUGCAAGAACAGGCCAAACCUGUGCAAGAACAGGCCAAACAAGUGCAGCAACAAACCAAACCUGUGCAGCAACAGACCAAACCAGUGCAGCAACAGGCCAAACCAGUGCAGCAACAGAUCAAACCAGUGCAGCAACAGGCCAAACCAGUUCAGCAACAGGCCAAACCAGUGCAACAACAAAUCAAACCUGUGCAACAACAGACCAAACAUGUGCAAGAACAGGCCAAACCUGUGCAGGAACAGACCAAACCAGUGCAGCAACAGACCAAACCAGUGCAAGAACAGGCCAAACCAGUGCAGCAACAAAUCAAACCUGUGCAGGAACAGAUCAUACUAGUGCAGCAACAGACCAAACCUGUGCAGCAACAGGCCAAACCUGUGCAGCAACAGACCAAACCAGUGCAGCAACAGACCAUACUAGUGCAGCACCAGACCAUACCUGUGCAGCAACAGACCAAACCAGUGCAGCAACAGACCAUACCUGUGCAGCACCAGACGAAAACACCAUCACCUGUGUUACAUGUCACAGUGCCACAGCAGAGGCCCACAGCGGCUCCACAACAGACAGCACAGACAGUUCCACCAUGUGACAUGGCUACUGCAGACUCUGCCUAUACUUCACAAGUAGCAACACAUGGGCUCUGCAGACACGGUUUGCAUCAGGUAGAACACAGCUUUCAACUUCCUGCCUCUCGAAUGCAAGCCUCUGUGCAUCGUUUAUACAGCGACGUGGUCAGAGGUGUACCUACAGAGAACCUACCAAGAGGAACAAAGGCACAGAUCAAAAUGUUGAGACAGACAACAGACAAGACUCACAACACCGCAGAGCAAAGCACCGCCACAGGUCCAGGUAUGGCUGAAGUACCACCUGAGUCACAUCAGUCAGAAUCCCAGGUCAACAUUCAGGCACUACAUCAAGUAAUAGAACACUGCUUUAUACUAACCUCAACUAUACUAACUAAGAGACAAAGAGAACCAGCUGAAGUAACUGUCGCCAUUGAACAAGAGAGUUCAGAGCAGCAAUACAACAGCGGCGUGGAAGAAAUCACAAUACAGACACACAAUGAGCCACAGCAGGUAUCUAAAUCCAACAAAGCUGACGACGACACCAAUGGGAACGCUUCAUCUUGCUUACUCAAAGUCAAUGUGGAAGCACUAGAGCCGCAGGUCCCAGCAGUUGAAGGGAUGCCUUCAACUGCCCCAAACAAUGCCACAGACCACCCAACAACUGCAGCUGCAGAGACACACGUCAAGUCAGGACUGGACCCGGUUUCCGUACCUCAAGAUACUGACGUUAAACCGGAGACAUUAAAUAAAAACCAACCUGAUGAGAAGACAAGAAAUGUCACUCUGAACGCAGAAAUGAACGCAAAGGACGGUCAGGUUGUAAAAGAAGAACAGGAGCCUGCAGUCCACACUGAGGGUCGCAGGCACCCGUUCAAGGUCAAUCAGUCCUGUCCCUACGACGUCAAACGUAACACGGGGAAAGGUUUGCCGCCAAACGUCCAAAAGUGGUGUGAUGAACCGCCAUACCACUUGUGUGAGCCUCCUUGGGUCACCACUGCAAGAUUGGCAGCCUUCUUAGCACUGACAAAGGCACAGAAGGAAAAAGAGGAUCCUCCCCAGUGAGAGAACGCAUCCAAAAUAUCGGCCAUGAUCUUACAAAGAUUUGCAUUGCAAGAUCAACUGGAUUACAAACCAUCUAGAGAGGAAGAGGCAUUACCAUUUAGAAAACACUCAAACUUCAAUAGCAAUUCUCUCAGUUGCUAGGAUACAAGGCCUGCAGUACAUUUCUGUGAGCUCUACUAAGGAGAAAAUGAACUUUGUAUACAAAAAAAA